CGCCGCUGCCACCAGUCGCGCUCGCGCGCGGUCGGUGUCUCCCUGCAGCGUCUCCCAGCGCCGCGGAUCAGAGCCGAGCGCGGUCACACCUGGUGGGACCGAGGCGACCCAAACAGCUCAGACAGCUCCACGGUGAAUCACUUGAGGAAUGUGGUUUCAUUAGGAAGGUUGUCCAGACCUGGAAGUUUGCACCAACUUCAGCUUUACUUUUACCAACUUUCGAAGCAGUAAAGGGAUCAUGGCUACAGGCGGGUUUAAGUCAAACGCACCCGCUGACUUUUUGGAGGAGUGGAAGGCAAAGAGGGAGAAAAUGCGGGCUAAAAUGCUGGGGGACAUCGCAAAAGCCACUGGUGUCCCCCUGAGUCCCGCCGGUAGCACCAGCAACACCCGCCUCGGCGCUCCGCCGGGCCCCGAGCCCUGCGCCAACCCGGACCGAAGCGCCUCCGCGGGGAACUGCCGCACCUCCUCCUCCUCUCCGGUGGCUCGGUCCCCCUCCGGUGGCACGCUGAACAGAGCCGAGGAAGAGGCGCCCCACCCGGCCGCACCCGCAGCCACCACCCCCACCGCCCAGGGGAGCAACCUGAAGAAGGCCCCGCCUCAGACGGAGAAGACUCGGUGCGCUUCGCCGGACUCCAGCUCUAUGAUGGCGUGCAAUAAUGACAGUGACAAGGACAGUCCGUCACCAUCACCCAGCAAGGGGAAGGAGAAGAAAAACUCAGGCCCCAGUGCAAGGAAGGGUAAAGGACAGAUUGAGAAGAGGAAGUUGAGGGAAAAGAGGAGAUCUACAGGUGUUGUCAGCAUACCGUCCAAUGAGAGCCUGGAUGAGCUGGAUGAUGACGACGCAGGAGAAAAAGACAGACGUGAGGAAGAGGAUCUGGUUCAGGCCAACACUUUCCAGAAUGAGUCUAUGACAGCUGACCCGGCCACCGGCUACCUACUGGAAACCCCUAAAGCGGCUUCUGGACGUUUUAAGAGCUCUGCAAGGCAGGGGAUGGAAGAGGAGGCUGGUGGGAACAUCAGACAGCGAGAAAACCGUCACAGCAGAGAGAGUGGAGGUGCAAAUCUGGAGAAGAGGGUGGAGGAGCUGGAGAAGGAGCUGUCCAGGCUGGUGAAUGUCAUUCAGGACAAAGACGAAGUCAUUGAAAAACUGAAGGAGGAAAUCGAAUUGCUAAACCUGGACCUGGACGAGUUUGAAGAUGAGAAUGAGCAGCUCAAACAAGAGAACAAGACUCUGCUGAAAGUGGUGGGACAGCUGACAAGGUAGAGCUGCUCCGAUUGGUCCAGACUUGAAGCAGCGACUCGCUCCGUCUCCCCGAUCUCCUGCUGGAGGUCAGAUCCUACAACAUGGCCUUGCAUCUGUUUCAUUUGGUGUAGAUUACUUUAGCUUAUCAUCCGUCUUGUCGAAUGCUGGUCAUUUGCCCCCUUUUCCAUUUUAUCCCUCCAUUUUUCAGCUACCGAACCAAUUGGAUGUUACAUACUGACUUUUUCCUUUUCAUACCCGAAAAAUAGAUGUUAUGAUUGUCAUUUUCUGUAAUCUAACCGUAGUGGUUGCUUAUACUAUGUAAUAUUUUAUAGGUGUAGAUCUUCAUUUGUGAAUUAGAACCAGAAUAAAAGGAGUUAAUAUGUAAUGUGAAUUUUCAGGACAUCUUAAAUUGAAUACAAUUUUUAUAGUUCAUGAUCAUUUGUCUUAAAUUUCUAAAAAUAAUAAAGAAGUAUAAAUCAAUGCCCAGUGGCUUUAGUUAAAAUUUAAAUAGCAUUGGGUGAAGUGGUACAUACUGGUAUGAAAUGACAAAACGGGGCAAAUUGACCUAAAACCUUUUGAGAGUUAUAAACAAAAAAAAUACAUGUAUACCAAUUGUUGUGAAAUCUAGGCUGAGUGGUGGAGGUUGUCUGUCAUCUUAUACGUAUUUAAUGUAAAUGUAUUGUACAUAGCCUGUUUAGAUUGCUCACUGUCAAGAUUUCUGUCAAUAUCUUAAAAGAAAUAAACUUUGAAUGUAAGUGCUGGAAUAACUAGGCACAAGAAAACCUGUUUAGUUACAGAAAAUCUGUCACAAAAUCUUUUUAAAAAAAGGCUCUACAGCAUUUGGACCAAAUUAAACAUUCAGUAUCACCAGCCAAAGUGGGCAUAGUGCCUUGAAGUGCAUGAAACUUUUUUGCCUUUCCUUCUUUCAAACUUGUUGAAGCCUGGCGCUUUCUUAAAUAAAUGGCAUUCCAGUUACUACAAUAUUUAAUAACUUUUUGGUGCAUUUAAAUCCAGCAGGAGCCUCUUUAAAUUUGUAAAUAUGUCCAAAUGAAAUGAAGACGCUGAGCUUUACACCUUUUAUUAGCGUCUUGAUUAAUUCUUGUUGGUGUCAAAAAGCUUUUGGGGCGUUUACAUGUUACUGCAGAUUUUUACUUUUUUUUUUUUUUUUUGGGUGUUUCUAAGCCACAAAAUUACCACUUCCUGUGAUGAGUUGCUGGAACAAAAUGAAUUUGCUUUGUUUAGUUAAGGGACAGUCUUAGCCUUGCAAAAACAUUCAUAACCUGUGAACUUUCCCACAUUCUGUUACUUCACAACCAGUAACAGCAACAUCUGUCAUUGGGAUUUUAUGAGACAGAGCAACACAAAGUCCUGCAAAUGUUUUUACAAAUUAAAAUUUUAAGUCUGGAGUGCAUUUGUACUCACUCGUCUAAAUAUAAAAGUCAACAUUUGUACAAGAAUAACUACAUAUGCACAGGUUAAAUUACACAAUUUAACCUGUAGCAUCUGGUUAUUGACUUCUUAAGACAGUUUGGUUUUACUAGAUUUUAUUUAGAGUUAUCAGAGAAAAGGGGAGCUGAAUGCAAAUAAAUGCCUGCCACACUUUUCAACUUUUGUCCUAUAAAUAUGUUAGAAAUCCACACAUAAUUUUCUCUCUACUUCACAACUGAAGUAUGAAAAUAGGUAUGAAUACUUUUACUCCAGAUGAUUUUACUCCAGGAAGCUCCUGGCUGCAGCAGGUAAUCUUAAAGCGGCGAUGCGUUCACACGUUUUGGGGUGAAAGAUCAACCCCUUAUAGACCAACAUCACCGAUCUAUUUCUCUUCCCAUUACUUUACGCAUGUACAGAAGAUUAAGUCAUUUAAUAAAAGUUUGAUUAUCUCUCUCA